AUGUUCGUGCACUUAGGUGGUGACGAGAACUCGAAACCGACAUAUUUUGAAGUUAUUGCAGCUGACCGACUUGUGCCAAGCUUAAAGGCGGCAGUAAUCUAUGCGCUUUCGGUCUUUUCCCAGCGGCAUCCUUGGGUGUACCGACUUCUUAACUACGAUGACGAGGUGUUCGCGCUUCUCACGCUAGUCCUCGACGGCCACAGCCUACUGAGCUCCGACAGCACCUUCUCAGACAGCUUGUAUGGGUUGAAGCUGCAGCCCCUGCGUCCGGGGCAGAACGGCCGGGAACGCCUGACACGUCGGCAACGCUGGCUCGUACUUGCCUGCAAAGUUCUGCUGCCCUACCUUAAAUCCAAAGCGGAUAAGGUUAUCCGCCGCUCCGCCUCUGCUUCGGGCGGCAUACUUGCGCUUGCGUUGCGAUACGGUGGAGAGCAGGGCUCCUCCACCGCCGCCGCCACCGCCGCGUCCUCAGGGCCCCCAGGUCGGAGAGCCCAUGGCGGGGAGGCCGAGGGGGAGGCUGAGGGGGAGGGGGAGGGGGCGUCCGGCGACCUGCGGGAGCGGUUGGUGAGGGCCUUUGUGGCGGCUUACCCCUGGCUGCACGCCGCCUUGGAGGGCACGACAUUCGCUUACCAUCUGUCGUACCUUCUCGGUGCAAGUUCCGUACACCAUCCCGUACUACAUGCCCUCGGUGUGAGCGUCGCCCGCACCUCGGCCAAGGACCUUAUGGAUGCUGACAAGGCGAAGCAGGCAAGCCGUCAGGCGUUGCUGCAGGCGCUGAGGGCGAGCAGGGCAGCGGCGGCGACAGCAGCCACUGCGGCGUCCGGGAGUCGUACGAUGCGCGGCGCCGCGGCAGCGGCGCGGCAUGCCGUCACCACGGGGCGUUACGGCUUGGUCCGGGGCCUCCUGGCGGCUAGGUGGCUACUAGAGGACCACGCGCGCAGCAGCCUCAUCUUGGCGGUAUUUGGAUUUAAGGCUCUGGAGUGGUGGUACUCCACGGCGGAGGGGUCACUGGCGCGCAGCAAGGUCCUGCCGCCGCCGCCGCCACCGCCGCCACCGCGGCCCGUGCCGCCGCCGGGGGGGGUCGGACUGCCCGCGGACCCGUCAGACUGUCCGUUGUGCAGGAAACGCACCACUAACCCCGCCACCAUCGCCACCUCGGGCUACGUGUUCUGCUACCCUUGCGCUUUCAACCACGUCAUGCAGCACGGCUGCUGCCCCGUCUCGCUGCUGCCGGCAGGACUAGACCACGUACGGAAACUGUACGAGGCCGCGUAG